AUGACACCUGAGGUCCUGGAGCAGCACAACCUGACCGAAGCCGAAUACGACCGCAUUCUGUCGAUCCUGGGCCGUCCGCCCAACCUGACGGAACUGGGGAUCUUCAGUGUCAUGUGGAGCGAACACUGCAGUUACAAGAGUUCCAAGCUCCAUUUGAAGCGGUUGCCGACUCAGGGCCCCCAGGUGCUGCAGGGACCCGGCGAGAACGCCGGGAUCGUCGAUAUCGGGGACGGCUACGCGGUGGCCUUCAAGAUAGAGUCCCACAACCACCCCAGCUUCGUAGAACCCUACCAGGGAGCGGCCACCGGCGUCGGGGGGAUUUUGCGCGACAUCUUUACCAUGGGCGCCCGUCCCAUUGCCGCCAUGAACUCCUUGCGCUUCGGGCCGCCCGACCAGCCCCGAAACCGGCGCAUCAUGGAGGGCGUCGUGGCCGGAAUCGCCGGAUACGGCAACUGUUUCGGGGUGCCUACCGUGGGUGGGGAAGUUGUGUUUGGGGAAUGUUACUCCCAAAACCCCCUGGUCAAUGCCUUUGCCCUGGGGCUGUUCCGGAAGGAUCGGAUCUUUUACGGGAAAGCCGUGGGAAUCGGGAAUCCGGUGCUCUACGUCGGUUCCAAAACCGGUAGGGACGGGAUUCAUGGGGCCACCAUGGCUUCGGCCGAGUUCGAUGAAGCCUCGGAGAGCAAGCGCCCCAAUGUGCAAGUCGGCGAUCCCUUUCUGGAGAAACUGUUGCUGGAAGCCUGCCUGGAGUCGAUGAAGACGGGCGCCGUGGUGGGUAUCCAGGACAUGGGGGCCGCCGGACUGACCUGUUCCACCUGUGAGAUGGGGGGGCGGGCGGACACCGGGAUUGAGAUCGAUCUGGCGAAGGUGCCUCAGCGCGAGCAGGGCAUGACUCCCUAUGAGAUCAUGCUGAGCGAAUCCCAGGAGAGGAUGCUUCUGGUGGCGGAACGGGGGAGGGAAGAGGAGAUUCUCCGGAUCUUCCGAAAGUGGGAGAUCGACGCCGUCACGAUUGGAAAGGUCACCCGGGACGGGAUGCUCCGCAUCCUGGACCGGGGAAAGAAAGUGGCCGAAAUACCCAAUCGAGCCUUGACCGAUGAGGCCCCCGUUUACCGGCGACCGGUGGCGGCCCCCGCGCCGCCCUCGCCGGAGCCGGCCCCGCCGUCCGGGUCCCUGUCCCUGGAUUGGGGCAAGGUCCUGGAAUGCUUUCUGGGUUCUCCCAACCUGAGCUCCCGGGAGUGGGUCUAUCGCCAAUACGACCACAUGGUGCGGACCAAUACGGUUCAGGCUCCCGGCGCCGACGCGGCGGUGGUUCGAGUCAAGAACACCCGGAAGGCCCUGGCCAUGAGCCUGGAUGGCAACGGCCGUUACUGCCGUCAGGACCCUCGGGUGGGAGCCCAGUUGUCGGUGGCCGAGAGCUGCCGCAACCUCGUCUGUGCCGGAGCCCGUCCCCUGGCGGCCACCAACUGCCUGAAUCUGGGCAAUCCGGAAAAGCCCGAAAUCAUGUGGCAAGUGACCCAGGUGGUUGAAGGGAUCGCCGAAGCCUGCCGCGCCCUGGAAACUCCCAUCACCGGCGGAAACGUCAGCUUGUACAACGAGACGCUGGGGGAGGGUAUCGACCCCACUCCCGUCAUUGGAAUGGUGGGGUUGAUCGAGCCGCUUUCUCGCCUUCGGGGCUCCUGGUUUCUCCAGGAGGGCCAUCGGAUCGUCUUGCUGGGUCCGCUGGUUGGCCAGCCGACGAGCUAUUCGAGCGCUGUGCGCCGCAACCUGGCGAAGCUGCGGCGCUUGCAGGAAACGGGCGGAGAUGUCUAUACCCGGUGGGUCCGUGCGCUUCCCUGUCCGCCCCUGGACCUGGACCUGGAGGUUCGCGUUCAGAGGACCUGCCGGGAGGGCAUCGAGAACGGCUUGAUUCUCUCCGCUCACGACUGUUCGGAGGGGGGAUUGGCAGUGGCCCUGGCGGAGAUGGGCUUUUCCCGCUUUGGCGGCAGGACUCUGGGGGCUGAGAUCCGGUUGCCCGCGGCCGAAGAGGUGGGAGAGGUGUUGUUCGCAGAAUAUCCCUCCCGGAUUCUGGUCACUGUUGAGACGGAAAACCUGGCAGCCCUUGAGAGGAUUGCGGCGCUCCAGGGCGUGCCGGUGACUUUUCUGGGACAGGUGGUUCCGGAAGUGUUGAGCCUGCGUAGCACAGAUUCCACCGUCAUCGAGAAAUCGAUGGUCUCCCUGGAGGAGACCUGGAGGAAUUGUCUGGGAGGUUUGUUCGCCGAUCCAUUAUAA